UCUCUGAUCCUGACGAACAACUCGUUGGAAUCUCCAUGGAGAACGUGCCAGGGUCGGAGGAUGUUCUUUGGCGUAUCAAAGAAGUCAGCCUCGUGCUUUACAGACCACCAUGCGGCACAGUCGAAGGCACCGCACAUGCACUGGCGUCUCUCGAUCGCUCGUUCGCGACAAUAUUCACUCGGGACAACUCUUCGCCUUCUUUGCGGAUCACGAUUGGUCCGAGAUUAUUCAAGAAAAUCACGAAGGUCGUUCCUAAAUCCCUGCGAUUGCUUGAAGCGCAGGGGAGAGUAACUCUAGAGCUCGAGGAGGGGAUGGACUCCUGGCCACCUGGGUACGCG